UGGUGCACCUUUUUCUUGCGUCGAAAAUCAAAGGAAAUUAUAGAAACCGUGGGAACACUUCAAUCUCCUGGUCUCUGUUUCCUUCGCAACUCUCACCUGCAAAAAAAACAAAAAACCCUAACCCUAGCCACCUCUUCUCUCCACAUUCCGGCCUAAGAUCGAACGCAGAACCACCCCGGAGUUCUGAUGUUUGAGAAUAACUGAUGUUUUACAGGCAUAACAGGGAGAAAUGUCAGAAAUUUUUACCGUUCUGAUCUAAAAAUCAGCAUUACUUGUCCCUGUUUGGAAGUCAUUGCUCUUAUCUGUUAUAGCCACUGUUCAUCCCACAGGCAACAAGAUCGCCGUCGCCGCAUUCCCGUUUGCUCAAAUUUCGUCAGCGUCCAAAUUCAAUACGGAGGUCCUUCCCAUUUCCUUUAACUCCAUCGGAACCAAAAUUCGACCCGAGAAUUUCUCAUUUCGAUUAAUUGCAGCCAUAUGCCCCAAAUUCGACAACAGAGGAGAAAAGAAGAAGAACAAAAAGAGCUGCAGUGUUAUGGGAGCUGAAAAGAAAUGGCUAUUUACUCUCAUCUCCACCGCAUUUCUUUCCUUACUUCUAUUGCUGUACUCUAUCCCUGCUUUCAGCUCCCCAAGGAUCUUCCCUUCCGUUGUUCAUCAUGGCCCACAUCAUCCGCCGGCUUUUGGGUACUAUCUGUUCGGAGGUCGGGGCGAUAGGGAUCGGAUCUUUCGGUUGCUACUAGCUGUUUAUCAUCCGAGGAAUCGGUAUGUGCUGCAUCUUGGGGCAGAUGCCUCGGAUGAAGAUAGGUACAGGCUUGUUGUGGCUGUGAAAUCUGUACCAGCAAUUCGAAGCUUCGGAAAUGUCGACGUUGUUGGAAAGCCUAGUCGUUUUAGUUUUAUGGGGUCGUCGCAUAUUUCAGCGACAUUGCGUGCUGCUUCCAUUUUGCUUAAGCUCGAUAGUGGGUGGGAUUGGUUCAUUGCUUUGAGCGCCAAGGACUAUCCGUUGCUCACACCAGAUGACUUGUCUCAUGUAUUCUCCACUGUUACAAGAGGCCUUAAUUUUCUUGAUCAUUCUAGUGACCUUGGAUGGAAAGAAGGUCAGCGUAUCCAACCUAUUAUAGUCGACCCUGCACUGUACCUAGCUAGGAGGACCCAAAUUUUUACUGCUACAGAGAAACGACCAACACCAGAUGCUUUCAAAGUAUUCACAGGUUCCCCUUGGGUUGUCCUGAGUAGGUCAUUUCUGGAAUUUUGCCUUUAUGGCUGGGAUAAUCUACCCCGGACCCUUCUGAUGUAUUUUAACAAUGCCAUUUUAGCAGAAGAAAGCUAUUUCCAUACCGUCAUUUGCAAUUUACCGGAGUUUAAGAAUACAACUGUAAACAGUGACUUAAGAUACAUGAUCUGGGACAAUCCUCCAAAGAUGGAACCCCACUUUCUCAACAUCUCUGAUUUUGAAGAAAUGGUUGACAGCGGAGCUGCUUUUGCAAGACAAUUUAAACAAGAUGAUCCUGUGCUGGAUAUGAUUGAUGAGAAGAUCCUCAAGCGUGGGCAAAACAGAGUUACCCCGGGGGCAUGGUGCACUGGCCGGAAGAGCUGGUUUAUCGAUCCUUGCUCCCAGUGGGGCGAUGUCAAUGUAUUGAAGGCUGGACCUCAGGCGAAGAGGUUCGAGGAGGCUAUCACAAACCUUUUGGAUGAUUUGAGUUCACAGUCCAAUCAGUGCAAAUGAAGACUUGCAAACAUAAGAUGGAUAAUGUGAGACGUGAGUGCAGAUGCUAUCUGAAUCCAAUGAAAGGAUCAAAAGACCGCCAUCAGAUGAGACAGAUUCUUUGGUCUGUAUGACUAUUUUUUGAGGGUUGUUACCAUAGGGUUCAAUGUUGUUGACACAAUGAGCAGAAACAAGUGGAUUCAUUUGUACAUUUUUUUGACUUGGCGGCUAGUGUUUAUUGUUGGGCCACCCGGAAGUCUACAAUCAGGAAUAUUUUCUUCAUCUUGUGCUGCUGCUUGUAUCCUGUUGUCUGUUCUACCUGGGAUUUGGCACUUCUAUGUUGGAACAGAAAUCCUCUGGUAAAAGGAUAACCUGUUGCAUUGUCAUCAUCCCAAUUCUGUCUGCCUGCACCUACACAGAAUAUAUUCAAGAUUUGUACAACCUUGCACCUGAAUGAAAAUUUCUUUUGCAC